AUGAGGGAGGCCCCUCGGUGCGAGCGCGGAGGGGCCGAAGGUGCCCGCGACGUGCGCUGCCACGCGCACCACCCAGACGGCAAGCCGCCGUGGGAGCAGGCGCCGGCCUCGGGCGGAGACGCCGCGGCGGGCCAGUGGGGCGACCUCGCCCGCCGUGGGGCGGACGAGGGCAGCGCGGACGCCGCGGGGGGCGCCGACGAGGCGCGCAGCGAGGGCCGCGCCGGCGCCGACGAGGGCAGGGAGCAGCUGCUGAGCAGGGCCCUGCGGGAGGCGGAGACCCUCCAGGGGCGGGCCGCCGCGGCGGACGCGCAGCGGCGGCAGUGCCUGGAGGAGAGCAGGGGCCUCCAGGGCUCCAUCCGCAUCGUGGGGCGCGUGCGGCCCGUGCUGCCAGGCGAGGGGCAGGACGCCCAGUGCCUGCGGGUGCUCGGCAGGCGGCAGUUGGAGGUGCUCGCCGAGCCGCGACCCGCGCUCGCCGACCAGCCGCCCCUUGCGGCCCGCCGCCGCGCGCCGGAGGGCCCGCCCGGUGGCAGGAGCGCGAACUGCACCCUGCUGUCCGACAGCUGCCACUCCGCGUCCGCGGCAUGCCUCGAGGCACGCGCCUUCGCCUUCGACGACGUGUUCGGGGCCGACGUCGGGGACGAGGACGUCUUCGCCGCCCUGCGCAACGAGCUGGCCGCCGCGGUCGAGGGCGAGGCGGUGUGCGUCCUGGCGUACGGCGCCACGGGCAGCGGGAAGACGCACACGGUGGGGAGCCUCGCGGAGCGCGCCGCCGAGGACUUGGAGAGGCAAGCGCUGGCCAUGGCGGAGGGCGGCACGAGGCUCGAGGUCCAGGUGCAGAUGGUCGAGAUCUACAACGAGCAGCUGCGCGACCUGCUGUGCCCCGCGGGCGGCCGCGGCGGGGAGUCUCGCCGACUGAGGCUCUCGUGCACGGAGGGCUCGCCCGCGCUGGUGGGGGCCACCUGCCACUCGAUCUGCGCCGACAGCCCUGGCGGCGUCGCCAGGGGCAUCCAGAAGGCCUACCGCGUGGGCCAGGCUCUUCGUGCCACCGGCGCCACGGCGGUGCACGGCCGCUCUUCAAGGUCCCACCUGGUCAUGGUGCUGUCGCUGGCGGUGUGGGCGCGGGACGCCGACGGACUGCCAAGGAUGCGAAGCUGCGGCAGGCUCAGUCUCGUCGACCUGGCUGGCAGCGAGCGCCUCAAGAAGAGCGAAGCGGAGGGCCAACGGCUGACGGAGGCCCAGCACAUCAACCGCUCGCUGAGCGCGCUGGCAGAUGUGAUCUCGGCAAAGGAGCGGCGCCUGUGCCACGUACCCUACCGCAACUCCAUGCUGACACGCCUGCUGCAGGAUGCGCUCGGCGGCCAGCCGCGCUUUCGCACGGUGGUGAUCGUGGCGAUGACCCCAGCGCGGGACGACCUCGGGGAGACGUUGCAUUCGCUGCAGUUCAGCACGCGGCUGAGCGCCCUUUCCAUCCCGACGGCAGCCGCCUCCCGGAAGUCGCUGCGCGGCCCGGACCUGGGGCCCAGGUCCUUGCCUUGCAUCCCGGACGCGGACGAGGCACACGGUGAGCUAGAAGCCGAGCUCGCGCGCUGGAGGCGCGAGUGCGCCAGGGCCGAGGCCGAGUUGGAGGCCUGCAGGGGCCAACUGGAGGCGCGGGAGAGCGAGCUACGGGACGCAGAGCUUGAGAGGGCUCGCCUUCUGGCCAGCGCGGAGGACUUCGACAGGAGUCGCAGCUGGCUGACGCUCGGCCUCGCGGCGUUGGACAGCAAGCUGCAGGAGGUGGAGAAGGUGGCGAUGAGGGAGCCCAGCGUGCCGCGCAGCAGCAGCUGCGGCAGCCAGUGCCCCUCCUGGGCCGCCGAGCAGCGGCCGCCGGCGCUGGGCGGCUGCAGCCCGUGCUGCUCCACCCAACCGAGCUCCCCGAGGCGGUCCUGCUCGGGCGGCGGCCCUGCCUUGGAGCCCGCGGCCUGCGCCGCGCCGGGCCCGGCCCUCGGGCAGCCGGCCCCCGGCGCGCUGGCCUCCGCGAGCGGCGUCCCGUCGCCUCGGGGCUCUGCCGGCGCCGCCUCGGGAGGCACACUCCCCGGCGACUGCGCGGCGGGCGGCGCGGGCACUGCGCGCGGCAGGAAGGACCCGCACGCGGAGCCGGCGGCCUGGCCGGCGCCCACGCCGUCCGCGUUCGAGGCCUCGCCCGGCGCGCGCCGCGCGGCGGAGGUGUUUGCGCUGACGCCUGGCGCCGCGGAGGGCCCCGGCCUCUCGCCAGUCGCCGCGAGCGGCAGCCAGGGCGGCUCUGCCACGGCCUCGCCGUGGGGGGCCUCCGCGCCCAGCGCGCGGUCGCUGUCACCGCCAGUGGCGGCGGCGCGGCGGGGCUGCACGUCUGCCGCCGCUCAGGCGGUCAGCUCGCGGAGACGGUAUGUCGUGGAGGUCAUCUCCGAAGCGCAGGCGCGCGCGCUGGCGACGACUGCGCCACUGGGCAGGCGCUCGGCGAGCUCCUGUGGAGGAGGCAGCGGAUGCGAGGAGCCCGCGCAGGCCCAGGUGGACGCAGGCAGCGGCCGGGCGCUGCUGCUGGGCGAGAUCGGCAGGGGGCCCGAGGACGACGCCGUUUCCGUGUCGAGCGACGAGGAGGAGAUCCGCAACCGCCUUCGCCGCAGCCUCAACCUGGGCCCUGGCCCGCGCCCGCGCGGCGCCCCCGCCGCUGGCGGCGGAGCUGGCGCCGCCGCUGGCCGGGCGCCCGCCCGAGUCGUCGCCCGGCCCCCGCCGGCCAGCGCGGCUGGUCGCAGCGCCAGCGCCCGUGGCCACGGCGCGGUGGCCCAACAGGGAGCCGCGCCUCGCAGGGGCUGCGCACCCUCCCGCUCUCGGUCCCCUGGCGUCGGCCCGCAGUAUUCCGCGGCCAGUGCCGCAGACCCGCGCGCCGCAGCGGCGUUCCCCGCUGCGCAGAUGGCCCGGGGGGGCCCGCCCCCCCAUCACUUGUACGCGCCGGUGCUGUCGUGCCGGCCAAGCGGCACCAGAACCUGGCGCCGAGGAUAG